AUGGCGAAAACGUACGAUUUCUGCCAGUACAGACUUUGCAACAAUUCAAGGAUCAACGGUCAUCAACUUUUUCGCUUCCCCGAUGCAUCGACUCAGGAAAACCGCCACAAGCAAUGGAAUGACAACGCAGAUAUUGACUAUCUUUGUGCUCAAGUCAAAUCAAUGCUAUAUCCAGAACGCCAAGGCAAACCACUUGGAGUACGGCAGAAAAAUUUAGUUGUUACUAGUAGUUAUGAGGCAAGAAAAUUUGGUUUAAAAAAAUGUAUGCCAGUAAAGGAGGCUUUAAGUUUGUGUCCAAAUUUAGUACAAGUUGGAGGAGAAGAUUUGACACCUUACAGAAGAAGAUCUGCUAAAAUUUUUAACCAUCUGCACCAUGCAAAGUCUACAAGUGCCAAAGGUGAUGAGAGUUUGAAACAAGAAAAAGCUAAUUGUGCAGUGUAUAAUUUAGAACAAUAUAAACUCGUUGGUGAAUUUUUUGAGAUUUCAGAAGAAGUCUGUCCAUAUGGAUGCCAUACUCUUUUAGCUGUGCCUGCAUUGGAUGCUGAAUUUUUAGAUGUGUACAAGGGAACCAAUGGUGUACUAGUCAUGAUGGAUAUAACUAAACAGUGGACUUUUGAUUAUGUUCAACGAGAACUUCCAAAAAUACCCAGCCACAUACCAGUUAUUGUUUUGGGCAAUCUCUGUGACAUGUCUCAUCGCAGAACAGUAACUGCUGACCACGCUACUUAUUUCAUUGACUCACUUGAAGAAAGAGCUGCACAAGUAAGAUAUGCUGAAACUUCAAUGAGGAAUGGAUUUGGAUUGAAACUUUUGCACAAAUUUUUUAAUCUUCCAUUUCUGCAACUGCAAAGAGAGACUCUUUUACAACAAUUAGAAACUAUUAAAGAAGAAACUCUCUUGACAAUUCAAGAAUUAGACUUGUAUCAAGAAGGUGAUGAUGCAGACUAUCAUGAAUUUUUGGAUAACUUAGUAAAUAAGAGAAAAGCAAUAGCAGAUUCUGUGACUGCAACUACAUUAGUUCCGAAUAUCACAUCAACUUUGAGUCCUCAUGCACCACCAGGUAAUCCAGUUGCACCUUUGGCAAGAACAUUCGGUUCUAUUGGAGAUGAUACUCCAAUACCUGUUAAAAAUAUGCCUACUUGCUCAACAGCGAAAAGAGACACACAGACACUAGGGAACAAUACUAAUGGUAAAAUCGAACAACAGCCAACAAUACCCGGUAGUACCAGCACACCAGAGUCCUUAUCUGCAAAAGCAUCCACUAGCAUUAACUCUGAUAUUAAAGAGUUUCCAAGGAGAUCUCAAUCUUUCGUAUCAAAAAUAAGAACACUUAAAAAAGAAUCAAGCCUAGAAAAAGAAAAACCAUCUGACGAUUUCAAAGCAUAUAAAAAUGCUACAAUAGCUACUGCUGAACACUUCGUACCUGAUGAUGACUAUCUUGACAAAUCGUCUUUCGAUGAUAAUUUCUAGUCAAAUUCUCAAGCAAGCCAGAAAAAGCAAGGUGAUUUGGGUAGUGACACUGAAACUGCAAAUUCAUUAGUUGCUGGAUUUGAAGACGACCUCUUAUCUGCAGAUGAAAUGCCGGUUCCCGUCCAGCCCAAGUUAGCCGAGAAUCCGUUGAGUAAUCAAAGGCAUAAACGUGGAGCCAUAUCCUUAGGAGCUGAAUCGACUUUGACAAGUAGUUCCGUUAUUUCCAAAUGCGACUUAGACACAUCAAGUGGUAGCGUGUAA